UGUAUAAUUUGUAAAUAAAAUCAGAAUACAAAGAUAUGGAAAUCCUUUUCAACUUUUAUUCAGAUGAAUAGACUGCAAAGACAAGAUAUUUAAUUUUCGAACUAAGAAAUUUAAUUUUUUUUUUCAAAUAAUCAUUAACUUAAAAUUUAAUGGCAGCAACACAUUGCAAAAAAGUUGACACCUUGCUGGAUGUACAGCUUAAGUUGUUCAAUGGUCCGGGGUAUUUGUUGUGGUAUUUUAGGUUUCAUAUUUUGCCACACACUUUCAAUGGGAGACAGGUCUGGACUACAGGCAAUCUAGUACCCACACUCUUUUACUAAGAAGCCAGGCUAUUGUAACACGUGGCUUGGCAUUGUCUUGCUUUAAUAAGCAGGGGCGUCCAUGAUAACGUUGCUUGGAUGGCAACAUAUGUUGCUCCAAAACCUGUAUCCACCUUUCAGCAUUAAUGGUGCUUUCACAGAUGUGUAAGUUACCCAUGCCUUGGGCACUAGUACACCCCCAUACCUUCACAGAUGUUGACUUUUGAACUUUGUACCUAUAACAAUCCGGAUUGUUCUUUUCCUCUUUGGUCCAGAGGACACGACGUCCACAGUUUCCAAAAACAAUUUGAAAUGUGGACUCGUCAGACCACAGAACACUUUUUACACUUUGCAUCAGUCCAUCUUGGAUGAUCCCGGGCCCAAGCCAAGACAGCAGCAUUUCUGGGUGUUGUUGAUAAAUGGCUUUCGCUUUGCAUAAUAGAGUUUAACUGGCACGACAAACUGUAGUUACUAACAGUGGUUUUCUGAAGUGUUCCUGAGCCCAUGUGGUGAUAUCCUUUUACACACUGAUGUUGGUUUUUGAUGCAGUAGCGCCUGAGGGAUCAAAUGUCAGUAAUAUCAUCGCUUACGUGCAGUGAUUUCUCCAGAUUCUCUGAACCUUUUGAUAAUAUUAUGGACCGUAGAUGGUGAAAUCCCUAAAUGCCUUGAUAACUCGUUGUGAAAUGUUGUUCUAAACUGUUCGACAAUUUGUGCAUGCAUUUGUUCACAAAGCGAUCACCCUUGCCCCAUCCUUGUUUGUGAAUGACUGAGCAUUUCAUGGGAGCUGCUUCUAUACCCAAUCAUGGCACCCACCUGUUCCCAAUUAGCCUGUUCACCUGUGGGAUGUUCCAAAUAAAUGUUUGAUGAGCAUUCCUCAUUUUUGUCACUCCUUUUUACCACUUGUGCCAGCUUUUUUGAAACAUGUUGCAGGCAUCAGAUUCCAAAUGAGCUAAUAUUUGCAAAUAACAAAGGUUUCCAGUUUGAACGUUAAGUAUCUUGUCUUUGCAGUCUAUUCAAUUGAAUAUAGGUUAAAAAGGAUUCGCAAAUCAUUGUAUUCUUUUUUUAUUUACGAAUUACACAACGUGCCAACGUCACUGGUUUUGGGGGUUUGUACAAGCAGUUACGAAAGCAAAAUAUUUGCUGCCAAGCGGAGAUCCACACAUGCAGGACACCUUCACAAGCCCUUUGAGUGUGCAUUAACGCCUCCAUUGAUUGAUUAUUACUUUUAUUAGUAGAUUGCACAGUUCAGUACACAUUCCGUACAAUUGACCACUAAAUGUUAACACCAGAAUACGUUUUUCAACUUGUUUAAGUCAGUGUCCACGUUAAUCAAUUGAUAAAAGGCGAGGUGUGGAAGCGUGCAGAGUACUUCUACAUGCAUGCAGCCCAACCAUAACUUCCAUUAAUAAUGGGGAGGACACUGGAGACACCUUUCCUUCCUAGUGAAAGUUCAGCCCAGCGGCAAAUUGCGGAUGGUGACUCGUUUUUUUAAUGGGCCCUUGGAAGAUUACAGACUAAUAAAUACUGCAAAAAUGGGAAAAAAGAACAAUUGUAAAGCACAAAGCUGAAAAGUUGAUACUAACAAUAACUCCGUUUUUUUUUGUCUUUUUUGGCAUAUAAUGGGCCAUUGUGCAAGGUAUUUGAUGUCAUCAAACUCCCCAACUUACCACCACAAAUAGAUUGGCAGUUUAAUUGUAUUUAACUACACAACCAGUUCAACUCUUUUGUUUGUAUAUGACUUGUAACAAUAACCAAUAUGAUUCAUGCCCAAACAUACAGAUGUUUCUAUUAAGAGAGAGUAUGUUUAACCAGAAGUAUAUACUGCUCUCACAUCCCCCUAAAGAGCUUUUGUGGAAAAGCAUAUAAUUUACAGUAUUUUGGCAAUAAAACCAAAAUAAAUGCCAUGGAGCAAAAUGAUAAUACAGUAAGGAAAAUAGUCUCUUAGAAUGCUACUAAUGUAAUUAAAUCCGUAUAAGAUGUCCUGAUUUCAAUGUGUUGUAUUAAGAUAAACUGUCAAAUUAGUCAAAAUGUUAAACCGCCCCUGAGAGGAGAGUGGAAACAACAAAGGCACCCCCUGCAGUAGUAGAGAUCUAACAGUGGCACCCAAAAGCAGCUGGUAUGCUGCCUCCUGUAAUUUUAGCGCACACUGAUGCGGAGGAAAGAUUUAAUGGGCACUGGCGGACAUGCCCCCUCGCGAGUGCGUAAGGAUACAGAGCAGGGAGGCAGAGAGGGAAGACGGGAGGUGAGACGCAGAGAGGAAGAAGGCACUGAGGAGCGAGUGAGAGGGCUGCUUUUGCUCCACAAAUAAAGUCAAGAAAGCAUCUAUGAACAACAGCAUGACUCCUCCAGCACAUGGACUCAUUUAUCUGGUGCUGUGCUUUUACUGUGGCCUGGCUCAGUCCUCCUUCCUGGACAGCUUUAUUUCAUUCCCAGCAGCGCACACUCCCCAGGAGCAGGAGAGGAGCUCCAAUCCAUGCUGUUUGCUGAGUCCGCCUCCACCGCCGCUCUUCCCUCCACCCCCUUCACUUUGGCGCCGCUCCACUCAUGACGGUGAAUCUAAGUCUGGACCUGAAGACAAAAGCUCCCCCUGUGUCCGAGGACCACCUGGGCCCGUUGGCCCGCCUGGACCUCAGGGUCCACCAGGAUUACCGGGCAUUGGAGGAUCCAAGGGAGAAAAGGGAGAAAUCGGAAGACCUGGACAAAAGGGUCGAGCGGGUCCUCCUGGACUUCCUGGGAAGCAGGGAGCCGUUGGAUGGCCAGGACCAAGUGGGCCCAAAGGGGCGAAAGGUGACCCAGGCCUGAUGGGUUUACCUGGAGGUAGAGGACCAAUUGGACCAAGGGGUUUACCUGGGUACAAAGGAGAAAAGGGUUCAAGAGGAGAGCAUGGUGAGAAUGGCCUAAAAGGUGACAAAGGGGCAAUCGGUUUCCCUGGAAUGCUUGGACAGAAAGGUGAAAUGGGUCCAAAAGGAGAGCCUGGUGUCUCAGGAACCAGAGGACCCACCGGUCGACCAGGGAAGAGAGGGAAACAGGGCUCAAAAGGAGACUCAGGCAGUGUUGGCCCAAGAGGACCGUUGGGUCCACAGGGAACUCCAGGACUUCCUGGUCCUCCUGGUUCUACCGCGACAGGACUUUACAUGGUUGGUACCAAAGGUACCCGAGGACCACCUGGACCACCUGGAAAGUGUAGCUGCAGCUCACUAAGUGCUCCUCUUUUGGAAGAUAAUCAAUCCAGAGGAAACUCUCUCAAAGUACCAGCGAUAUUCGUGGUGAGUAACGACGAGGAACUGGAGGGUCUUCAGGCGGAGAACGCUUUUGCAUUCCGCAAAGACCAGAGAGCUCUUUAUUUUAAAGACGGUAACAGCUGGUUUCCUGUUCAGACUUUCCCAUUCCAGAUGAUGGCGUUCCAGUCCAUGGAGAACCCGCCCGAUGAGGACGGUUACUGCGGCGACGGCAUCGUGCAGCGUUACAGCGGCGAGGAAUGUGACGACAGAAACAAAGUGGUCACUGACAGCUGCAUCAAAUGUAAACGUGCCUACUGUGGUGACGGUUACCGCCAUGAUGGUGCCGAGGAAUGUGACGGUAAAGACUUUGGCUACCAGACGUGUCAUUCCUAUCUGCCGGGGUCAUACGGUCAUCUCAAGUGCACGCCUUUCUGCGCCAUCGAUUCCACGAGCUGCAAGUACUUCACUUGAGCCAAUUUGCACCCGGAUUUCUUGAACUGGGGACUCAAACUGGGAAUAUGUUUCAUGGCAAAAAGAAAAGCAGCAGAUGAACAAGAAAACUGCUGUGUACAUAAGAAAGAAGCCCUCAGAGCGUUGUUGUUAUGCGGAGAGGAAACUUUUGAACCCACACAUCGGAAACACAAGGACAGCUGCACUUCGUCUUAAGCGGCCGGAUUUAAGCCUGGCCUUCCUCAUUAUGCCUGAACGGACCCCGAUUGGGUGCAGCGGCAGCCGCGCCAACCAAGUCCCCGCGGGAGACCUCACUAUUAUCGUAAGAAAGAAGAAAAGUACUGCAGGAGCUGCUCCUCCUCGGCAUCUGCAUGAGGCAUGAAUCUCUUUACCUCUUAGUGCCAACACAAGCUUUUCUACUCUUAAUCUGACGGUGACGAAUCACUGUCUUUUUCUUUGAGAUUCCAGUCAGGCCAGUGUGGUGCUUCUCUACUUGACACACACAUUUGGACAACAAUAUCCAACAACUCAGGAACACAAAGCAACCCCUUCCCAUAAUGCACCCUUAAUGAUAUGUGAAGGCUUGAAACUGUUAUGUCCUUAAAGCUCUCAGUGAAGCUUAGGCCAGGCUGCUAAAUAGACAACCAAACUGUUCUAUGGUCCUAACUCUGUACUCUAUUACCUCCAGUCCUUCUGUCUUACAGUAGUCAACGUAGACGUUGAAAGAAUUAGUCCACAUAAGCUACAGUUAAGCCAAGGGAGAUCUCUCCUUGCUACGUGUCAAAUGUACAACAAUCAAGAAGACUGUUAUAUCUUGUGUCCGCAUGUUCGUGCUAAUAAUGUACUGUUAGGGGGAAAAAAUCGAGUAAAAGUAGGUCCUCGUCAGGCGUCUUAAAAGGUAGAGGUGUGAAAUACUGUAGGAUAAAAAUACAACAAUUGGGACUGUGCUCAAUGUUUCUUGUGACCUUUGACCCCCGUGCUGUAUACUGUAUGUGCAUGUAGUAACGCUGUAAGGUUAUAUAUAAGUAUGAGGAAUUCAACUGUGUCGUUACUCUAUGAUUUAUAUCCAUGUUCAAACAAUUCAAUAAAAGACUAAACAUA